CAGAGGUUCAGCUCUCCCAGCGGAUCGCGGUCAUGCUCUCCACUGCCGUCUCGUCGCUCUCGCUCAAUGCGCCGGUCGUGCGCCCGGCCGUGUCCAACGCACGCAUGGCGGCCAUCACGCCGGGCGACGUCGGCACCACCAAGCCGCUGGGCGUGUACGACCCGCUCGGCCUGAUGACGCGUAUGCCCGACAAGUACCGCCGCUGGCAGGAGAUGGAGAUCAAGCACGGCCGCUUCGCGAUGGCGGCCACCCUGCACGUCAUCCUCACCGAGGCUGGCAUCCGCUGGCCCGGCUACCUCUCCUUUGCUGAGGACAUCAAGUUCUCGGACAUGCCUGGCGGCACGCUCGCGUCGUGGGCGGCGCUGCCAAACCUGGCGUGGAUUCAGAUCGUCCUCAUCGUGGCGCUGCUCGACAACAGCGUGCUGGCGCAGGACCCGGCCAAGGCGCCGGGUGACGUCAUCCCCUUCUUCUGGGUGCGCUACCCCGACGUCGAGGGCUUCUCUGGCAAGGAGUUCAAGCUGAACGCCGAGCGCAACAACGGCCGCGCCGCCAUGAUGGGCAUCUCUGGCAUGCUCAUCCACGAGUCUCUCACGGGGAACCCGGUGUGGCCGAUCCCCGUCCCGCCCCAGCCCGUGCUUGAGGCUGCGCUCGACGACGUCGAGAAGGGCCCCGCCCGCGUCGGCUCUUUUGUGCUCGCCUCGCUGGGCAUGGCGGCGUGCGGCGCGGCGGCCGCCAUCCCGGAGCUCUCCAAGAAGCAGUAGGCGCCGCUUGGACACUUGCGCGCGGGAGAGGCGCCCGGGGGGCGUCGCCACGAUCCACCUCCCCACGCCUGGCGGUCUGGCCCCUCUCUUUGGCCUCGCAUGUACGGCCCGAGGGGGGGCCCUUGCCCCGAAUGCACCGUGGGCGGCGUCCUGGCGGGGCGCCGCGCUCGGGGGGUCUGGGGGUUUGGCGAGAGCUUGGGCCGGUGCGUGUGGAGAGUCUAACUUGUAGUGCAAUCAUGUAGAGGUAUUCUACACCGGU